AUGGAGAAUCGUUUUCCUAGCUUACCAUGGGAUCGGGAGCUACGUAAAGAUUUACUUUCUAAUUAUAAUAAACUUCUAUCGCCUGAUGCCAACAAUACACAAGUUUCUUUGAAGUUCAUGCUUAAUUCAUUCUACUUUGAUGAUAAAGAAGAAAUUGUUACCAUGGACUCUUGGCUUUUUCUUCGCUGGAACGAUUCAAGGCUUACGUGGAACCCUAAAAGUUAUGAUGGUAUUACAGAAGUGCUGCUUUCAAGUCUUAUAAUUUGGAAUCCAAGUCUUAAGAUUUUUACUAUAGCUUAUGAAGAUGAAAAACAAGCCCAGCUCCUAAUUUUAUUGCAAUAUUUAAUGAAAUAA